UGAGAUUCAAGAUUCCAUUAUUCCUUCAACAUUCAAAUAUGGUUUCCGUAAAAUGAAAAAGUCUUCUCGAUGGUUUCCUUCAAAUCUUAUUAUUUUUUUAAAUUUAAAAUCCCCUAUAAAUACAUAGGUCUCGAUCGGAUCAUCUCCAACAUCUAACAAUUCACCUAGGAAACACAAGCACUCUUAUACACACAUACAUAUCCACCAUGAACAACAACAACAAGAACAACAUGAAGAUGAUGAGUUCCGCGAAAGAGAGUGGCAACAGUACCACUAACAUUGUUAUAACAGAGACGAGGAAUAAGAAGGUGGAGAGGAAGGCAUCAAUGGACGUGGACAAGUGCGCCGAAGCUUUCAUCUCAAAGUUUAGAAAUCAGCUUCUUCUCCAGCGUCUCGAAUCCAUCGAAAACAUGCUCUCCCGAGGCCCUUAACACCAUUUAUCAAUAGUCAAUAUAUACACACAUGUAUUCUUUAUGUAUUACUUCUAUUUAUUUAUUUUCUUUUCUUUU